AUGGAGUUUGAUGCGGAUAUUGUUCCUCUCAUGGAAGGCAUGGAUGCCGCCCAUCACCGCAUGCAGACCGAAUUACUCCCGUUACUCUCCGCAUUAGAUGAAGAUGUUGUCGUCUCAAAGUACGGCGUGGACGAACAGGCCCGCAUCUCCAUCGCCGCCGCCUACGCCCUCGUGCUGCUCACAUACGCCCACGAUCGACUGUGGAAUAAAGUCGGGCAUGAGAAGAUAGACCCACAGGUGAAACUCAAAAUGGAACGGGUCUCGGAGUAUAUUAAGAAAUUACAUGAGAUUACACUACUGGAUAGUAAAGAACAGGAACACAAACAAGAAAAAGAAAAAGAACAAAAAGAAGAAAAAGAAGAAGAGAGUGAUGGAAAGAAGAGAAAGCAGAAGAAAAGGGAGAAUGGGAAUAAUAACACAACUGAUGAGGGGAAUAGUCGAAAACGCAUACGAGGAGAAAAGAAUGGAGAUGCCGCAUCUCCUUCAGAUGAAACUACUACUACUACUACUACUACUACUACUACUACUAAUGCUAAUAAUAAUAAUAAUAAUAAUAAUAAUAAUAAUAAUAAUAAUAAUAAUAAUGUUACUGCAGAUCCUUAUGGGGAUACAUUACUCUUCAAGGAGAUUGUACGGACUAAAGGCAAAACAGCAGAGUUGGUGCAGAACUUAAUUGAACAUACCAUAGGCACCAAUAAGGCAUAA